UCGGCCGGUCCCGGUCGGUUCCUCCCGCCUGUGGGGCCCCGCUCCCGCCUCGAGCCGCCGAGAGCCCUCAGGACCCCCCUCGGGCGGCCCCUCACUCAGUCUCCGGGCCGGUCGCGGUCCCCUCCCGCCCCCCCGGCCGUCCCGGCGGCCAUUGCUCCAAGAUGGCGGCGGCGGCGGCGGCGGCAAUGCAGCUGAGCUGGGCUGGAACCACCCACCCGGAGCUCCCACAGCAGCCUCAGAGGAUGCCCUGGAAGCCCAGCUAGGGCCGGUCUUUGGCCUCAUGCGUCUCACCCGCUGCCAGGCUGCCCUGGCAGCCGCCAUCACACUCAACCUCCUGGUCCUCUUCUAUGUCUCGUGGCUGCAGCACCAGCCCAGGAACUCCCGGGCCCGGGGUCCCCGCCGUGGAGCUGCUGGCGGCCCCCGUGUCACCGUCCUGGUGCGGGAGUUCGAGGCCUUUGACAACGCGGUGCCUGAGCUGGUGGACUCCUUCCUGCAGCAGGACGCAGCCCAGCCGGUGGUGGUGGCCGCGGACACGCUCCCCUACCCGCCCCUGGCGCUGCCCCGCGUUCCCAACGUCCGCCUGGCGCUGCUCCAGCCCGCCCUGGACCGGCCUGCCGCAGCCUCGCGCCCCGAGACCUACGUGGCCACUGAGUUCGUGGCUCUGGUGCCCGACGGGGCGAGGGCCGACGCACCGGGCCAGCUGGAGCGCAUGGUGGAGGUGCUCCGGGCGGGAGGGGCACGCCUGGUGGCCGCCCCCGUCGCCUCGGCCAACCCUGCCCGGUGCCUGGCCCUGAACGUCAGCCUGCGGGAGUGGACGGCCCGCUACGGCCCGGCCCCCUCCGCGCUCCGCUGCGAUGCCCUGGACGGAGACGCCGUGGUGCUCCUGCGUGCCCGCGACCUCUUCAACCUGUCGGCGCCCCUAGCCCGGCCGAUGGGCACCGGCCUCUUCCUGCAGACGGCCCUGCGCGGCUGGGCGGUGCAGCUGCUGGACCUGCCCUUCGGCGCGGCGCGCCAGCCCCCCCUGGCCACGGCCCACGCGCGCUGGAAGGCAGAGCGCGAGGGGCGCGCGCGGCGGGCGGCCCUGCUGCGCGCGCUGGGCAUCCGCCUGGUGAGCGGGGAAGGCGGGCGCCUCGAGUGGUUCGGGUGCAACAAGGAGACCCCGCGCUGCUUCGGGACGGUGGUGGGCGACACGCCGGCCUACCUCUACGAGGAGCGCUGGACGCCCCCGUGCUGCCUGCGCGCGCUGCGCGAGACCGCCCGCUACGUGGUGGGCGUGCUGGAGGCGGCGGGCGUGCGCUACUGGCUGGAGGGCGGCUCGCUGCUCGGGGCCGCCCGCCACGGGGACAUCAUCCCAUGGGACUACGACGUGGACCUGGGGAUCUACCUGGAGGACGUGGGCAACUGCGAGCAGCUGCGGGGCGCCGAGGCCGGCUCGGUGGUGGACGAGCGCGGCUUCGUGUGGGAGAAGGCCGUGGAGGGCGACUUCUUCCGCGUGCAGUACAGCGAGAGCAACCAUCUGCACGUGGACCUGUGGCCUUUCUACCCCCGCAACGGGGUCAUGACCAAGGACACGUGGCUGGACCACCGGCAGGAUGUCGAGUUCCCCGAGCACUUCUUGCAGCCUCUCGUGCCCUUGUCCUUUGCUGGCUUCGUGGCGCAGGCGCCUAACAACUACCGUCGCUUCCUGGAGCUCAAGUUCGGCUCCGGGGUCAUCGAGAACCCCGAGUACCCCAACCCGUCGCUCCUGAGUUUGGCAGGAAGUGGCUGAGGCUCCAGCGCCCCGCUCCUGGGGUCUGGAGAACACUCAUGCUCGGGGAGCGGUCCUUUGCUUUGGUGCCGCUGGCAUUCGGUGGGCGGGCCGGGGAUGCCAAGCUGCCCUGCGAGGCCCAGCACGGUCCUGGACGUCGAAGACCUGCCCUGCCCAAGAUUCCCAAGAACUUGGGUUUGAUUUAGAGCACGGACAGUUUUGUAAAGAGGAGAAAGUGUACGUGCUGCGGCCGGACUGCCGGAUUAAAACCCCAGUUCUACCACUUACAGGUUACUCGGGCCUGAGGGAGAGCCCCAAUUUCAAGGUGCGUAGGACCCCCCCAGGAACCGCUGCUCGCCCUUGCAGUGUCAGAUCACAAAGAGCCCACAGGACAUUUGGUUGCUGGGGUUGCUUCCGCCACUAGAGGGCGACUUCGUCCCGCUAUGGCGGGACCUCAGCGCCCAUAGCUUUUCCUAACUCUUGAGCCUUUGGUUUCUCUAAUCCCCUGUACCUGGUGGGACAGGAUGACUAUGUCCCUUCUUUCAGAGUGCGACCUCCUUGCCUCCUGGGAGAGCCCUGUGAGGUGCAUGCUGCUCUUAACUCCCAUCUUACAGAGGAGGAGAAAGAAGCUCAGCCCUGAGCUGCAGCUCUGGCUAGGAACCGGGUCCUGGAUGCCCGGCCCACUACUCCCUGUAACUGUUACCUCAUUGUUUUAGCUCUCUGCUCCCAGUAGCCCACUUGCCAGGCGGGAUAAAUGGUAAUCAUAACGCACGUUACUCAGCACCAUAUGGUGUGCCAGGCACCUUCUCAGUAUUCCACACAGAUUAACUGGUUGAUCAUAUUUCCAUUUUACAGAUGAGCAAACUGAGGCCAGAAUGGUAGUCAUUUGCCCAAGGCCAGACAGCUUAGGAAGUGACAGAGCAGGGACCUGAACCCAAGCAGUCUGGAGCCCACACUAAGUUGGAUACUAUGCAGGUGUCUCAGAAUGGUCUGUGAGACCGGGCCCCAGGAGGCCGUACUACCUAGCAGGUGAAGCCAUGAUGGCCUAUCUUUUGUGAUCAUGCACCUAAGGCUAAAUGCUCUUUGGGCAAGUAUCCUGAAUAUGUGUAUUUACUUAUAAAUUAUAUACAGAUACUGCUAUCAUUCUAUAGAUUAGUAAUGAGGCCUAAAUUAUUCCAUUUUAAAAUUUAAAAUAAAUAUGGACGUUUUUUA